CUCCGCACACACCAUUGGCUCAAAUCUGUUGCCAUGGAAGGCGGGGACUAUGGAAACCUGGAGACGCCAAACUACAGGAAGUGGCGGUAAUAAGCGCGCGACCUCAACGAAAUUUGGUCCUGCAUUGUUUGUUCCGUAGGAGAGACUGGGCCCUCUGCUCCGUUUUUUCUGCUAGACGCCGGCGAUACACAAAUGAAAGAAACGUCUCUUUUAAAGUGACAAUACAUCCCAGUUUUGAAGACCCGCUCAGAAAUGCCUGCAUUGACGGAAUAGUUCUCGUAGCCUGUUAGUUCACGUAUAGGAAUAAAUGGCCAUAUAUGAAGUUUACUCGCACCCAGCUUUGUUACGUUACAAAACCAGUAUCUGCACAAAGGCGACGCUGUUCUUGCUGAUUGUCUUGGGACUCACUUAUAUCCCUCCUCUGCUGGUUACUUAUAAAAGUCAAGGAUUCUGGAUUAAACUGAGUACAUAUGAAGAGCAACCAGUUGUCAAAUUUCAGUACCAGAUUUUAAUGAUCGCAACAACCAGUAUCAAUGGAGACUAUGUUGCUUGGAGUACAUUUCAAAAUCUUAACAAUCUACUGGGUGAUAGCCUCAGAAUACCUUCAGUGUCUGUAAUGGAGGUAGAUAAAAACCAGGAUGGAAAGUAUGAUGAAAUGACAUUUAAAUUGCAGCUUCCUUUGCAGUCCACAGAGCAAGUUUACAGUGUAAAUCUUAUUCUUGGAUUUUCAUACAGCCUUUUUAGAAUGUCCACCUUUGUAAUGCAGAGCAUGGCAUACAUCCAGCACUCCUCUCCCCUCCCUGGAUCUUUACUGUAUGUAAAUGGGGACUUGAAACUACAGCAGCGACAGCCGUUAAACCAUAGAGGCCUGGAUACCAGAUAUAAUGUUUCAGUAAUUAAUGGAAGCAGUCCAUUUGCAAGUGCUUAUGACCUUACCAACAUUAUUGGAAACUACCAGGAAAGAAAUGUGUCUACAGUGCUUUCGUGGCCAAGUCCUUUGUGGAUGACUGGUCGUGCUGCUAAUUCUCCAUUUGUAAUAAGUGCUGUCAUUAGAUAUCCGGUUGAAAUCAUUACAUAUCAGCCUGGUUUCUGGGAAAUGAUCAAGUUUGCUUGGAUUCAGUAUGUCAGUGUAUUACUUAUAUUCCUUUGGGUGUUUGAGAGAAUCAAGAUCUUUGUGUUCCAAAAUCAGGUCUUACCUACAGUAGCAGUCUCUGUUGUCAAACAGCAUCAGUCCUGACCUCGAAGAGUACCUGCAGCAUUGGAUGCUAAAAGCCAUCAAGAUUUUUGCUGUUUUAAUUCCUUAUUUUCUUGAUCAGAUGACCUAAAGACGCACGGUUUUGUCUAAAGUGUGGAAAGUACACCCUGCUAUAUCACUUCUAAAAGCCAUUUAUUUAAACAAAUGUAGGUACUCCAUGAAUUAUUAUAUUGCUAAUUAUGUGCAAUCAAGGCAAUAACAGAAUUUAUUUUUAUACAUGCAAAACAAAAGUGGUACCAUAAUUGUUUGUUAUUCACAAUGCCAUGUACAGAGAGCAGUACAUGUCAAAUUACCCUAAUGCUUCAGAAAUAUUAAAGACAAGCAGAAGUGCUGUUUACUUUUAAGCAAACAAUUUGUAUGGGUUUGUCAAAGCAUAGAAUGUUUAGUUUAUCACAUUUGUUUUAUGACAAAAUGUUACAGUGUAACACACACCAGAUGAUUGAUUAACUUUAUAAAGUGGUAUUACUGAACCAGUAGCUCAAAUCAAUCAAUUUUACAAACAGAAGUCUUAUAGUAUAUUUUGCUUGAUCUUGUACUUUUGAUAAUAAAAUGUCAUUAUUCCUCUUUG